AUGGGCUUCUUCCUGCUCCACCUCUCCCUCACAGACCUGGGCUGCAUCUGCACCACUGUCCCCAAAGCCAUGCACAAUUCCCUCUGGGACAUUAGAACCAUCUCCUACAUGGGAUGCGCUGCACAGAUCUUUUUCUUUUUCUUCUUCAUCACAGCAGAGUUUUCCCUCCUCACCAUCAUGUGCUACGACCGCUACGUUGCCAUCUGCAAACCCCUGCACUACGGGACCCUCCUGGGCAGCAGAGCUUGUGCCCACAUGGCAGCAGCUGCCUGGGCCACUGGCUUUCUCAAUGCUCUGCUGCACACAGCCAAUACAUUUUCCCUGCCCCUGUGCCAGGGCAAUGCCCUGGGCCAGUUCUUCUGUGAAAUCCAACACAUCCUCAAGCUCUCCUGCUCACACUCCAGCAUCAGGGAAAUUGGGCUUAUUGGGGUUAGUUGCUGUUUAGCAUUUGGUUGUUUUGUUUUCAUUGUUUUCUCCUAUGUGCAGAUCUUUAGGGUUGUAUUGAGAAUCCCGUCUGAGCAGGGACGGCACAAAGCCUUUUCCACGUGCCUCCCUCACCUGGCUGUGGUCUCUCUGUUUAUCAGCACUGGCUUGUUUACUUACCUGAAGCCCCCCUCCAUCUCCUCCCCAUCCCUGGAUCUGGCCCUGUCAGUUCUGUACUUGGUGGUUCCUCCAACACUGAACCCCCUCAUCUACAGCCUCAGGAACCAGGAGAUCAAAGAUGCCCUGAGGAAACUG